ACAUUCAAUAUCACGAAACUCUAGUUAUGGACCUCCCCUCUUAACUAUUUAUACCACGGAGCCUUCUCUGCUCCUUCUUUCUCUCUGUGUUCUUCAACCUCUCAUUUGCUGAUCAAAAAUUCAGUCUGGGUUUUCGUUGCAUUCUUACCUACAAUCAACCAUGAUGCCUGAAUAUGAUUACCUGUUCAAGCUAUUGCUCAUUGGAGAUUCUGGUGUUGGCAAGUCAUGCCUUCUGCUGAGAUUUGCGGAUGAUUCUUAUAUUGAAAGCUACAUUAGUACCAUUGGUGUUGACUUUAAAAUUCGCACAGUCGACCAAGAUGGAAAGACCAUCAAACUUCAAAUUUGGGACACUGCUGGUCAAGAACGAUUUCGUACAAUCACAAGCAGCUACUAUCGUGGUGCACAUGGAAUUAUUAUUGUCUUUGAUGUUACAGAUGAAGAAAGCUUUAGAAAUGUCAAGGCAUGGCUGACAGAAAUAGAUAAGUUUGCAACUGAUAAUGUCAAUAAGCUCUUGGUUGGUAACAAAUGUGAUUUAAACUCCAAGAGGGUGGUAUCCAGUGAAACUGCCAGGGCAUUUGCAGAUGAAAUUGGUAUCCCAUUCCUGGAAACUAGUGCGAAGAAUGCUACCAAUGUAGAGGAUGCCUUCAUGACCAUGGCUGGAGAGAUAAAGAAAAGAAUGGCUUGUCAACCAGCAGCUAAUGCUGUGAGACCAACGACAGUGCCACUCCGUGGAAAACCAGUCAACCAAAGUAACAACAAUUGCUGCUCAUCUUGAUUUCUCCAGGGAUUUUUUGGAUUUUAGAAAUCAGUAAAGCUGAAAGAAAAGUAGCCUGCAGAUGCAAAGGGUUAUUACCUGUAUGCCUAUCUUCUCAUGUGUACAGAAAUCCUGAGGACAUAUUUUUGAUGCACCGCAUGAGCAGACAGUCACAUAGAUUGGAAAUUUUUACAUUUAACUUGAUUUCUACACGUACAAUUAUGAUCGUUAUGUUAUUUUCUCACUAGACCCUUUAGUUACCAUAAUGCCAUUUGCACUUUUAUCUUUUGAA